AUGGGAAAUACCACCACAAAAUAUCAAGAGAAGAAAGGGAAAUUAACUAUUGAAAAUAUAAUGAAUGUCUGUAGGUAUAUUAAAAAUGAAGAGGAUUAUAUAAAACUGAUGAUGGUGAACAAGAAAUAUACAGCGAUUUAUAAGAAGAUGAGAUACAAUCCAUUCAGUAUUAAAUCAAAAAAGAUAUUUCCUAAAUUGACGAACCAAUUUUUAUAUUCAAGAAAUGACAAGAAAAUUAAAGGAGUUAAACAUGUUUUAGUUGAUGUUAUUUCAUAUUCAGAAUAUAUUCAAGAGAUAGAUGAUGAUAUUUAUUGUUGUAAUAUUAAAUAUGAAGAAGAAGACAAAGAAGAAUAUGGAGAAGUGAUAGAGAGUGAAUGUAAUUGGAUAGGAAGAUGUUAUGAUAAAGAAAUAAGAGAAAUAGAAAUUGCAGAACAUAUUAGGUACUGUGAUGAUGAAUGUUUUAAUGGAUUUACAAACUUAACACGAAUAGAAUUAUCACCACAUCUUUAUAAACUUCCAUUCAAAUGUUUUAAUAAUUGUAAAUCAUUGGUUGAAGUUAAUAUUUCAUAUGUUACAUAUAUUGGAGAUAAUUGUUUUUCUAAUUGUACAAGACUAAGAGAAAUACAAAUGAAUAAAGACAUUGGAUAUGUUGGGAAAGGUAGCUUUUGGAAUUGUAAAAGUUUAGUAAAGAUAAGAAGUUCAGGGAAAAUACACAUUUAUCAGAGCAUUCCAUAUUGGGUUUGGAUGAUAAUGAAAGAAGACAAUAAUGAAAUAGAAGAAAUUGAAUAUACUAUUGAAGACAGAGAAAAGUAUGGAAAUGAAAUACCAACCGAAGUCAAGAGAAUAGGAAAUGGGUGUUUUGAAGGAAGUCAAAUUGAAGAAAUUACUAUUCCAUCAAAUGUAAUAGAUAUUGGAAAUGAUUGUUUUGCUUAUUGUAAUAAAUUAACAAAUAUUACAUUACAUGAAGGGAUUAAAGAAAUACCAAAAGGAUUUAUGAAAUAUUGUGGACAAAUAGAAAAAAUACAACUGCCACAAAGUAUAACUAAAAUAUCAACAGAAAGUUUUAAAGAAUGUAUAAAAUUAAAAGAAAUCAACAUUAAUCCAAAUAAAAUGAUAAUUGAAAAAGGAGCAUUUGAAAUGUGUAAAAAUAUUAGUUAUGAAGAAUAA